GGCAGGAAACAGUCCAGAAGUAGGCAAACAUAACAUGGGUCUGCGUGACACGGAAGAAUUUUCUUCUUUCUGGAAGGGAAGGACAGAUACCUGCCAUGUGGCUGUACCUGGCGGUCCUUGUGGGCCUGUAUUACCUCCUGCGCUGGUACCGGGAGAGGCAGGUGGUGAGCAACCUCCGAGACAAGUAUGUCUUCAUCACGGGCUGUGACUCGGGCUUCGGGAACCUGCUGGCCAGGCAGCUGGACACAAGAGGCUUGAGGGUGCUGGCUGCGUGUCUGACGGAGGAGGGAGCUGAGCAGCUGAGGCAGAAGACUUCAGACAGGCUGGAGACAGUGAUCCUGGAUGUCACCAAAACAGACAACAUUGCUGCAGCCACCCAGUGGGUGAAGGAGCAUGUGGAGCACAGAGGCCUCUGGGGUCUGGUGAACAAUGCCGGCACCGCUAUACCCAUUGCCCCAAAUGAGUGGCUGACAAAAGAUGACUUCUUAAAGAUCUUGAACGUGAACUUGGUUGGCCUCAUUGAAGUGACCCUGAGCCUUCUUCCCCUGAUCAGAAAGUCCAGGGGAAGAGUAGUCAAUGUUUCCAGCCCUGCUGGCAGAAUAUCUGUGUUUGGUGGUGGCUACUGCAUUUCCAAGUAUGGUGUAGAAGCUUUUUCCGACAGCCUGAGAAGGGAACUUUGUCCUUUUGGUGUUCGUGUGGCUGUCAUAGUACCAGGGAACUUUAAAACAUCCAUUUGCCCUCAUGAUAUGCAGAAUAUCCUCAAUGGGAUUUGGAGUCAAGCAUCCCCUGAGGUGAAGGAGAGCUACGGAGACAAGUACUUUGAAAGCUAUUGCCAGUAUCUUAGUAACCUUGCAUCUCAAGGACAAAAGGAUUUCAGCCCAGUCACUGACUGCAUGGAGCACGCCCUGACCGCUGUCCACCCUCAUACCUGCUACUUUGCUGGCUGGGACUCCAAAUACUUCACUCUCCCUCUGUCUUAUUUACCAACAUCUGUGGCCGACUUUAUUCUCAGCCUUGCUGCCAAUGUGGAAAAGCCUGCUGAUGCUGUGUAGUCUAUGAAUUCAACCUAAACACUGAUUCUAGACAGGGCAUUAAAAAAAAAAAUCACGUUCCUCUGGCAAAGAGAAAGAAUCAGGGGAGCAUGCAGCUCUCUACUUCAAUAGGUUCUCAGAGGCCCUGCCGUAUGUUCGUUCCCAAAUUCCCAAAUUCAUUUUCUCAAAAAAUACUUAGUGAGUUCCUCCCACAUCCCAGAUGCAGUUCUGGGUGCUUAAGAUUCAUCCAUACACAAACAAUGACCCCUGCCUCCAGGUUCUCACAUCCUAGCUUCUCAUCAGUGCAGGGUGACUCUGCCAAGAGAAUUAUGAAAAGUCAGAGGUCUAUGCUAUGAGGGCUCCAAAUAACCUGGUAUAAAAGAUGGGUGCGAUGUCAUGGCUACUAACUUGAAAAUCAUGCAUUAUUAGUGGUGUUCUAUUAUAGACAUAAAUUCUUUUCUUUCUAGAAGUUUUUUAUAACUUAGUUUUCUAAAAAUUACAUAAGCUAAUCAUUAAUUAAUCAAGUAAAUUAAUAAAUUCAAUAAUUUAGUCUUUACCUCUAAACUCUUGAAACACCCAGACUUAAUUACCUCUGCCCAGAUUAUCUGGCAGUGACCAUCUCGUGACUUGUCCUAUGACAGCCUCGCCUAACCCUUACCUUGCUUUCUGCCUCCUCCUCUGCCACUGAGCACACUCUGUGCCCUGCCCACUCCCUCUCAGCUCUGCCCCCUCUGGCUAUAUAACCCUGAGCAAAGCCACUGGCCUGAGGCCAUUUUCUCAUCUCUUAAAUGAGAAUAAUAUUCCCCAUAGGUUUGUUUCAAGAGUUCAAAGAGAAAAUAAACUGAGGUGCUCAGAAAUGGAUCCUUCCUCCUCCCUCUGAAGGAUGCUCAGGGAACUUAGGCUUCAAUUAUUCUAAAACUAACCAUUUGUCCUUGUGUCUCUUGUGGCAAUUUCUAAUUGUAUGAUGCUUUCUACUUGCCACACUAUGUCCUCUUCUUAAAAUGCCUAGCUCAUAUGAUAAUGCUGUUAUCAUUAUCAGCAUUAUCACUAUCAGAGGUAGGAAUUGCCUUAUCAUUCCCACUCACUGAUAUGAGAGCUGAAACUCAAUUUUUCAAAAUUCUGUGAACUUCCAGCUACAGGUACGGCAGGGACAAGAUCAGGUCUCCUGACCCCAAAUCCCAUGGUUUGUCUAAAUGGACAAACAGAGAUCUGGUGCUAGACCAACCUUUCUGUUCCUGCAGUGACAAAACUAUGCUUUUCUCACAUUGAAAGCAUUUUCAUUUGAUGCCUCAUCCAGGCAUGUUCUUAGGUAUCUCAAAGAGAAAAUAAUAUUUGUACUGGAAUUAUUGCUGUUUUUGAAGACAUAGGAAUUUGCUGUCUCAGUGCAUUCAUCCUAACAGAAUUAUUCCAAUUUACAAAUUAGAGCAUCAUGAUUUUCUGCUAUCGUUGAUUGCACUGGCCUGGACCUAAUUAAAUAAACAGUUACAGAUGAAAUUUGUGUCACCACUGUUAUGCCUUUAUUUUCAAUAAGAAUGGUUCUAAAAUGAGAUCUCCAACAAUCAAGCCAUCAUAAACAGAUGAACAUAUGUCAGGGUCCUCCUAAGUUGGAGAUUUCCUAUCCACAUGAAUAUCAUUACCAUAUACAGUUUGUGAAAAGAGUCACAUAAUUGAGAUAUAUGAUAAGUACAGUGAUUUCACAGCCCUGAGGAGUGUGGCAUUUUUCCUGAGAGUUCUAAUGGCAGAAUAAACUCUACCCCUUUUCUUCCAAUGAUUUGGCAGAUCUGAAAAACCCUUUUGAAUAAAUAAUUUCACUCCUUGGAAUUGAGCUUAAAAAACACAAUGACAGCAACACAUUAUUGAGUAACUAUUAUGUCCUAUCCACUGUGCCAGAUGUUGAAGGUGCAAAUAACAUAAAAUACAGCUCUUGGUUUCAAGAUGGCAGCAGACAGAGCGUACUGUUUUCUUAACCUCUAUACAAAAUCCUAGAAAAGGAGGGAGGAAGAAAGACCAUAUAAGAUAUAUAUUAUGCUUUCUUUAGGAAUAUAUGCAUGAAUGUAAGCUUACUUCAUAUAUAGAAAGAUAUACAUUAAACUAAUGGUAGAAAUUACCAUUGCAGAAAAAGAAAACAGAUCGAAAUUUAGGCUGAUUGUCAAAGGAAACUUCAGUUUUUUCUGUAAUGUUCUAAUUUUAAAAGAAAAUAAAGUUGUAAAUACGUAUUAAAUACGUAAGAUGUAGUAA